CAACUCUCCAAUCAAAAUCUAUUAGGUGUUAAUAUUUUUUAAAUCUAAAUUGAGAUAAAGUUAAUAGCUCGUAAAAUUAAUUUCGUUACUAAAAGUUGCAUACACAUAAUUGCAAAAUUUGAACUGAUUAGUUUGUUUUUUCUUGUCCAUUUUCUGCAAAUUACAGCUAAUUUAUUAUCUAUGUAAAAUACAUAUGUAAUAAACAUAUGUACUUUUAAUUUUUUAAUUAAAAUAAUGAAAAAAUUAGAGAGCCUUUUAAGCUGAAGAGAAGUUUUGAGUUUUCGAUAGAUAACAAUUUAUAAAUUUAAUCGUCCGUUUUAUCAUCCGUUUUAAUGUAGUAUAUAUGUAUAUAAAUUAUUCAGAAUUGAUGAACCAAUCCUCUCGAUUCCAAUUCACCUGUGCUUGACGAGCAUGCGCAGAACAAAACUGUUGCGCGCGUAUUGUUUGCACGCGUGUUUUCUAACCUGACCGGCACUCGGAGAAUGAUUUAAAGAUUACGAUUUAAAGUGAUACUCUAGAUUAUACAAGAUCGAAAACUUAAAAUUGGAGCAAAAAAAGGGAAAAAGAAGUAGAACAAAAUUCAGAUGUAAAAGUGUGCGAGACAACUCUUUGGGUUGUAGAAACAUUCUUAAAAGAACCUUGUAUUAUUGAUACUCCAACACGGUCGGGAUAAAAGAGACUCCGAUCGGAACUGAGAAUCGUUGCGAACCUGGACCUUUUGCCGCUUUCGCCCUUGUAGCUUGACAGGCGAAUCGGUUUGCGAUGGAAGAGUGGACCAUGACGCCAAACUCGAACGGAGAUGUUUUUCGAAAUCUAUUGUUCUCGACAGAUAGGACGCUCGUCGAGACCAAGCAGCUACAGUUUCUCUCGAUUUACGACGAAAACAAUGCUCUUCUUGGAGGCACUAAUAUGGUCGACUUGUCCUGGAACGGCAUCCUCUGGCACUAUAAGGAUCUCUCGGAUUUCUCUCGGGAAAAAGCCAGCUUGGUACAACAGCUAGACAGUGGGGUUUGCGACGCUGUUUACCUGACCAAGAACAAAUUUGUCUGUGUGGGGGACAGUGGGGCUGUGCAGAUCUAUGAGAUAAUUCAAACAAACAAGCACGAUCAGUUUCAGCAACUCGCAUAUACCUGUCAGCACGACGACACAGUCUUGACAAUAUCCAUGUUUGCCAACCAGAGAAAUAUUGUCACUGGAGGAAUGGAUUGUUGUUUAAAAAUUUGGGAUGUGGAGGAUUUGAUUGCGACUUACUCGUACAGCUUUGCACAUACAGACAUUAUCACUAGUAUAGAUGUAAAGCCUAUGUGCAAUUCUAUAUUUGUAUCCGUCUCUUUAGAUAGUGAAUCACUAUUAUGGGACUACAGACUACAUCAACCAGCUAAUUGUAUCUUUAGGAAAAAUAAUUGCCCAUUAUCGGCAGUAUCUUGGAACACUAAUUUGGAUCAUCUCAUAGCAAUAGGCACAAUCGACGGCAGCAUUGUAUUAAUUGACACAAGGAAAACGGAAACUCCAUUAUUCGAGUCGACCGAAUGCGAUAGGAGCAUACACAAGUUACUGUUCAAUCCAAAUUCAGAAAGGAAAGACCAAUUAGCAUGCUGUUGUGAUAACGAAACAGUAAAAAUAUUUGAUAGCUAUAGAGAAAUGCUGCAGGUGUAUGAAGAUAGCAGUCAUAACGAUUUUGUACGAGGACUCGCAUGUACUCGGCGUUUUUCUCUGCAAAAUAAUUGUUUACGAAGGUGAUGGCCUCUUUAUUUGAUGAAAAUCUCUGUCCUCCGAGCGCAACGUUUAGCUUAGGGAACUGAAAAAAGUCACUUGGAGCUAGAUCUGGUGAGUAAGGAGGGUGGUCAAGCAGUUCAAACCCUAAUUCGUGGAUUUUCGCCAUGGCAACCACUGAGGUGUGAGACGGCGCAUUGUUUUGGUGAAA